AUGCUCCUGAAUUCGUCAUUUCAGCUUGAUGACUUGGGCAGCACGAAAGCCUGUAAUACAUCUGAGAUACCUGCUGUUGGACCUCAAGGCCGACACGCUCGCCGAAGGCUAUGGCUGUAUGACCAGGCAGCCCAAGAUAGGAGCUCUGCUGCCAAAUCGCUCACGGGUAUCCAUUUAAACGAAAGGAGGGGUCGGAGAGUACCAGAACCCUGUAAGAGGUUCGGAGAGUGGAGCUUUGUACCCACCAUGGCUGCUAGUAUUGUGCGUCCCUUCGUUUCUAUGUCUGUCGAGCCUCUCGACCGACCUGGUGAUACCAGAGGUUUUCCUAUCGAGAUUGAUAUCGACGACGAGAGUGCCGACCACGAGCACCAUAGCGGUAACCCGCGCCCGGGUGAUUCCAGAGCUCACCCGAUUGACCUCGAUCAAGAAGAUGAGAAUAGUAACCAGGGCGAGUCCGGCCAUUGCCACUGCCAGUGCAGGGAACGGUCUCUUUCGAUUGAUAAUACAGUUUACGACUUUACGUGCAAAAUCUGCUACGAGAGCAGAGUUGAUAUAGUGCUUGAAUGCGGACAUACCUUCUGCUACGCCUGUGUCAACAGAUUCUUUCAAGACUCGGCAUUGAAGGCUGUAAAAGAUGAUCUUUUUGAUGCUUAUAUGCUCCUCUCCGGUAAUGCAUUUUGUUUGGCCUGGAAAAUGUUGGAGGGCUCUAGUAAGACUCUCUCUCCGAACAGCGAGAUCUGCUACUACCAUUCCCCCGUACCGAAUCUCGAGCACUACUGCCGCGAGAACCACAUCGUUCUUGCCCACCUGCCUCAUAUAGUAUACGACAAUCAGCAGGAUCCCAAUGGACAAGCCAUGCAAGUGGCCCAGGCGACAAUCGAUAGUUACAAUCAGGAACUGAAUCGGCAAAAUAUCAGCUUCGGUUAUGACUCUGGGCUCAGAACGGUCAAACCCUCGGAAUUCUUGCCUAUUUGCCUGGAGGAGCCACCUGUCUACACCCCUACCUAUAAAACCAAUGAUGGCGAUCAAUGCUGGCAAACGCUCUUCUCGCUUCUUGACAUGCCUAUUCAAAAAUGGUACAAGGACUGUGUCGCAUUGGAAACAAGCCCCGAUCAUCAGGAAAUAAUUAAGAUCACAAAGCAGAUUCGAGACGAAUUGACAAGUGCAGUCCUUCCGGCCUACGGGCUCGGCGAGACUCUUAUACCAGACAGUAACCCAAGGGUUGAGGAACUGCUCAAGGAAUUGACCGAUCUUGCGAAAUCAGAACGCGAGCGCAACUGGGAUCUCUACAAGUCCGUGGGCGAAGACUAUAAGAGCGACCUCACUCGACAUGGAGGCGAUGAACAAGUACAGGUGAUAAUAUCGAGAUCUAACCUGGCUAAGAUCCUGUCGUCGCGGGAUGGUGAGCAGCUGAUCGUGGACAGUCUCUUGGGUCCUGGACACGAACAUUUGCGACAUUUGCGACUCAAGGACGCGCUUACUACCUUCAGUGGAGGACCGCAACUCCAGCAGUUCCUUCAGCAGCUCCUACAGCUCCUACAGCUCCUACAGUCGUUUCCACAGCUGUUCCCGCAGUCGUUCCCUCAACAAUUCCCUUAUCAAUCUCCUCAGCAAUUUCCUCAGCCGUUCCAUCAGCAGUUGCCUCAGCAGUUCCCCCAGCCGUUUCCCCAGCCAUUCAAUCAGCAGCCUCAGCAGGUCCCCCAGCAGCUUUCCCCGCAGUUUCCGCAGCAAUUCAGUCCACAUAAACUAGGCCAAUAG